CAUGAGUGUUCGCAUUUAUUUAAGAGAUAAACCAAAAUAACUAAACGUGGUAUAAACUCCUCUUGUAAAUGUCAAAUCAAGUCGGUCAAUGGCGGAUGAAUGAAAUAAAGAGUUCGGAACCGCAUCGAAGCGAAGUUAUUUAUUACAAUUUAUUCGUAAACAAAUACUACAAUUUCUCGUAGUAGUAGCUGCAGUUUUUACAUAAGUAAAAAAAUUACUCAAGCAUAAUGUCUCGUUCGGUCCGCGCGGAAACUAGAAACCGUGUUAAAGAUGAUAUCAAAAGAGUCAUGCAAGCCGUGGAAAAAGUUCGCCAUUGGGAGAAAAAAUGGGUGACUAUUGGUGAAACGACGAUGAAAAUAUACAAAUGGGUUCCAAUAUCUACAAAUGAGCAAAAAAAGAAACACGCGGCUAAACGUGAGAAUAAGGAGAACACAUUGACUCCGAAGAAAGUACACGACUCUUCAAACUCUAACUUUGGCAUGGCCGAGGAUUCAAACACAUGUUUUUCAACAGUGAGUGAUUCCCAAGGGCCCACAGAGUUUACAUCAACAGCAAUGAACUUCUCUGAGGACUCCAACUCCCAGAGUAGUGGCACCACAACUCCAGCUAAGCGGUUAAAAACAGACUGAGGCUUGCUGAGCAUGUAACAUGUUGUAGCUGCAAGCCUGCAGGUGGAGACUGUGCUUACAUACAGACAUUGUGAACUUGGUGGUAUGUGCUGUGAGUUCAGGAGUGUGCAUCCAAGGAGCUAGCAACCAUUUACCACAUACUGCUACAGAUGCAUUCAUGCUUUUACUAUUAUUUUAUACUUAUGACCACUUGUAAGAAAUGUGUUCUUAAUUAAUUAUGGUCACAUGACCAAGAGUGAUUAUAUUUGAUUUUAGCAUUUUGUUUCACUCCUAGCUCAAUUCUUGCUAUUGUAAAUAAUAUUUCAUCAGUUUCAUAAAACGUGACUUAAUUAGAUUAAUUUUAGAAAUGUAAUUAAUUUAAUAUUAUUUUAUCAAGACAACAUUCAUGUGAGUGUGUUGCAAAAUGUGAUAUUUUCACAUAAGUUGCACAUUUAUGUUGAGAGCAUAUUUUAAUUUGUACAACAAUGAAUACUGUACAAUCAGUCCCCUGGUGGUACAAAACCCUGUAGAGUGUAGUGUAUAGUUGAUAAAAAUAUUCUACAUUAGACCAUGCCACUGAACAAAAAGUACAUAAUUCUUGAGUUACACAGAAGUCUAAAUGUUAUGUUUUAAACUGAUUCUUUCUUUGACCCAGCUUUAAUAAAUUUAAGUAGCUUAUAUUACUUUCCUUCUGGUGUAAGCCUAGGAUAUAUUUUUAUUGAAUAUUCACGUAACUUUGUGUAAUUCAAUAGAACUUAUUCAUUUAUUUGAUGUAUACAGGAUUGACAGACUGGGACUUACAAGUUAGACUUUUCUAACGGUUUUGCCUGUAUUUGGAACAACAAAUGCAGACAGAUAUUUUAUUCACUAAAUAGUUAAUAAUUACUGAGAAUUCCAUCAUUUUAUAAUGCUGUGUUCAAGAUAUAUUUUAUAUUACGUUUAUGACAUUCUUCAAUACUGUUUUUCUAUGUGAGAUUGAUGCCAUUUUAUUUUAAUUAUUGUAAUUGAAAUAUUGUUCAGUUCACAAAAUCGCUGAUAGAAUGUGAAGACAAUGUGAAUGUUUUGUUUUAUAAAUAAUAAUGCGACACAUUAACAUUAUUGUAAAUUUCA